UUCAAAUGUAAGAUGAAAUAUAAAAACAAAUAUAUAUAUAAUGAUAAGAAGUUUUUGGUUAUUAAGUUUUACUCUAGUAAUAAUGGCAAAAGCAGAAAAUAAAGCAUUAAGUGCUGUUUUAGAGAGCACAAAUCAAUUCUCUUCUUCACUAUUUCAGGCUGUAAUAAAAGAACAUUCUGGCAAUCUUAUAAUGUCUCCUCUAAGUGCAGAUAUUGUUCUUGCUAUGACUGCUUAUGGAGCUCAAGGAGAAACAGAAAACCAGUUUAGAAAUGUACUUCAUCUUCCAUCUUCAGACAGUCUUGCCAAGUCUGGUUAUCAAACACUUAUCGAUAAUCUUAAUGAUGUUAAAGAAAAUAAACUGCUUCUUGCAAAUAAAGUUUUCGUAGGUGAAAAUUUUGGUGUCAAACCAAUUUUUAAAGAUUUGACAAAAGAUUACUUCCGUUCUGCUACUCAAAUAAUAAACUUUGCCAAGUCCAUGGAAGCAGCAAAUAUUAUUAAUACAUGGGUUGAACAAAAUACAAAUAAUCUCAUUAAGGAUCUUAUAACUGCUGGUGAUCUGAAUGAAAUGACAACAUUAGUACUUGUUAAUGCAGUUUAUUUUAAAGGCCAAUGGAAGAAUAAAUUCAAUCCUGAUUAUACUAAGGAUAUGCCAUUUCAUGUUAAUAAGGAUACAAUAAAAAAUGUUCCUACCAUGUAUAAACAAGGAAAAUAUAAAUAUGGUGAACUUGCUAAUUUAAAUGCUAAAUUUAUUGUAAUACCUUACAAGGGCGAUGAAUUAAAUAUGAUCAUAAUUCUUCCAAAUGAAAUUGAUGGUUUAUCUGAAGUUGAAAAAAAAUUACAAAACAUAAGAUUAUCUGAUAUUCUAAAUCAAGGAUAUGAACAAGAAAUACAAUUAUAUUUACCAAAAUUCAAAGUAGAAAGUGAAAUACAUCUUAAUAGUGUUUUAAAGAAGAUGGGAUUAAUUGAUGCAUUUACUUCACAUGCUAAUUUUUCUGGAAUUAGUGACGAAAAUAUACAAAUUAAUAAAGUUAUACAAAAAGCAUUUAUUGAAGUAAAUGAAGAAGGUAGUGAAGCUGCUGCUGCUACUGGUCUGAGUGUAAGGCCUCUUUCAAGUUUUUGGUCACCGCCGAAGCCCAUUGAGUUCUACGUCAAUCGACCAUUUUUAUCAAUUAUUAAAUAUAAUUAUACAAUUUUAUUCUUAGUGAAUGUUGUAUGGUAGAAUUUUUUUUAUCUUCAAAAUUAAGAAAAGCAUAUAAUCAAUUCAUAAUCGAUUUUACAUAAUAAUAAAUUGAAAUUCUAAGCUUUUUUAUUUUUUACAACAUAAAAAAUUGAAUCAAAAAUCAAUACCAAAUAUUAUUUUAUUAAUUUUUUAUUUUAACAAAUUUUUAAUUUUAAUAAAAGUUACAUUAAUUGAUUCAAUUAAUUUUUUUUGAGUUUUUAUCUCAAAAAACCUAAAAAAAAUUAUUAUUCAAUUGCAUUUAUAUCAUUUUUAUUUAAUAAAAAAAAUGCGUAAUAC